CCUCCGUCAUCUUCCCCGGCCUUCUUUCUCCGCAAUAUCCUUUGCCUUCCUCAUUAAUUUCUCUCUCCUCCAGCCCUCCUCCUUCUUCUUUCUUCUCCUUUUGUUCGUCAUCUUUUUCUUGUUUUAUUUCCUUUUAUAAGAACCCAGAUCUAGGUUCUAGAUCUGGUUUUCUAAAAGAACUAAUCCUGGGUUCUCUUUGGCUUCCGAUGAGCCUAGUGAAUUAGAGCUCGUACGUGGGAGCUCCGUUGACGACGGUAGAGAGGCCCUGGGACCCGCCGCUGAUAGAUGACAGCAACGUCGUCGUUUUAUCUCUUCUCCUGCGUUCUAAAGUGCGCCCCUUUCCUCCUUCCCUUUCUCAGCCACCUCAGAACUGGUCUUAACAGAUAACAACGGCCAUUAGAGAAACAACACCAAGAGUGAUUGAGAUUUCAACGGAGUCACCAGAAGUUGCAACUUAAUAUUUGUGAAGAAUUUUUGUCAUGGACACAUGGCAAAUAAUUCACAUCCCAGACAAGCCACAAGUUCCACCUGACCAACAACCCACUGUCAAUGUGUAUGCCGCAGUUAUUGAGCUGAAGCUUGCCAAUAGCCUUGUAAGGCGCUUAAAUCAGAUAGCACCACUGGAAAAUCUUCGCCAUGUGAAGCGGGUUCAAAAGAAAUGCCUUGAAGGAAAAACUCAGUUAUCUGUGAUAUUAUGUUUAGCUUGUGAAAAUGAAACUGAGUCCAACAGCAUUCCACAGGAUGUACAAGAGCUGAUCAAUUCAUACCAGUUGAGUUCAUAUAUUACAAAAGUUAGCAAAUAUGCUCCAUUAUCAAAAGAAGAAUGGGAAGAACAAUGCAAAUUGUGGCCUACCUCAUAUCAUCCACCAACCUAGUAUGUUAAGUAUAUCUACAUUUUCUUUCUGGUGAUUUGGCUGGUGGAUUAGUGAAUGAAAUACCUAUAUCAAAUGAACUUUCUAUCUAUUAAAAUGGUGGAGAUGUUGACUUAUUUCUCUCUAAAUAUCUUCUCCAAGGCACCAUGUUGGAGUUCUGGAAAAUAGAGGUGCUUAACUUAAAUGAUAUAAGUGACCAUUGUAAUUGUAACAAACUUCAAAGCUAGCACCUCUAACAAAAUGUAAAUGUACAUACUCAACCAUGGUUCCUUACUUCACAUGUUGCAAUUUUUACCUUUUUUUUUCAAUAAUGCAGCAAUAUUGAUGGUAUUACUGGAUUUAGCAAAGAAGAUGCAGAAUUCAUUUUUGGUUUUAUGAAAUACACUAUUGAGUUGAUGAAGUCCAGUGAUAGCUCAAUUGUCAAUGCUGCAGUUAUAGUGGAUCCUUCAGUUAAGCGGAUAAUUGCAGGUGCAUGUGAUCAAGUCAGCAUGUGGUGUAAUCCACCAAGUGAGGCCAGUAUUGAGAGAAGCAACUUUAAACGGUCAGAAGUAGUCACUCUCCAUGCUGAUUCCAAUGGAGUAGCAAGCGAUGUAACUUUGUCUUCAAAUGCGUUAUCCAUUAAUCAACAAUCUUUUGCUACUGUUUCUUGUUUAAACCCUUGGCAGUGGCCUCAGCAGUCAUUGAAUACAAGUUCUUGUUAUUGGCAUCCAUUACGACAUGCUGCCAUUGUUGCUAUUGAAGCUUCUGCUGCGAGGGACAGACAUUUAUUCCAUGUUUUGGGAAAUAAUGGAGAUAAGGCUUAUGAGUUUGACAAUGACCACUCUUCCCCAGUGAGUUCUCCAACAAAAAAACAAAAGAUUAACCUUACAAAUGUCAAGAAUGAUGAGGAACCAGGUGCACUUUCUGAAGGUUCGCAGCCCUCAUCAGCUAGACCUUAUCUAUGUACUGGAUACGACAUCUACCUAGUUUGGGAGCCUUGUGCAAUGUAAGUUCAUCAAACAAUCUUGUGUAAAAGAUUGGCUGGACUGAAGGUGAAGGACUCAUCACCCAUUGUAAUUGAUUUAGAGUGGAUUAAUGAACAAAACAAUCAUAAACUUAAAAAUGUUUGAAGUUAUGAAGCUUAUUAAAGUGUAAAAGAUACUGUAAAGGUUUCUUGGAGUUUGCAUAAAAGAACUUCCCGUUUCGAUUUUGUGUGGUAGGAAAUGUGGAUAUGGAAUGCAAUUGAAAAAUGAUUAUCGGUGUAUUAUGAUUAGCUUUUUAUUCUCUUUCAUUUUAUUAUCUUUUUUUUAUUGUUAUUUGAAGUGUUUCAUCAUCUGAUAUCUCGAUGUUUAUUUUGUUUUCAAGGUGUGCUAUGGCACUUGUGCAUCAAAGAAUUAAGCGCAUAUUUUAUUCUUUCCCAAACCCUAAAGCUGGUGCCUUGGGAAGUGUUCAUAGGCUACAGGGUGAGAAGAGCUUAAAUCAUCACUAUGCUGUUUUCCGUGUCCUCAUACCAGAGGAAGUCCUAAAGAGUGGUGAGACUCUGCCGGAAACUAAGAGCUGGCAAUCCAACAAGAGGGUUGAAGCACCUAUUAGCAUGUGAUCUUCAAUCAAGAAAUCUCCCUUUGGAAUAUGGCUCUGCCCUUCAAGUUUUGCUUAUGACUUGUAGUGUAGCUUUGUAAUCUUUACCAUCUCUAUGAAACCGUGCUUGAUAUAGCUGGCCUCAACCUUCCAUUCUCGUUUCCUUUCUGAUUCUGUGUAACUGUUGUUUAAAGUGUUUACUAAAGCUGAUUAUAACUUUAUUUAUGUGUCCAAUAGAAAUUUGGGUUUUUGAUAUUUAGAUUUCCCCAAAUCCCAGCACAUGUAACUUUUAUUUAAUAACAGUCAUUUCCCGAU